UGUGACCCGUGUCAGCCCCGCUCGCGGGCAGGUGCUGCGGAGCGCAGGGCGCAGAGCGCGGCCGUCGCCUGCGGCAUCUGCAUGGAGCGCGUCUACGAGAAGGCGCUGCCCGAGGAGCGGCUCUUCGGCAUCCUGCCCAACUGCGGCCACGCGUUCUGCCUGGCCUGCAUCCGCCAGUGGCGCCGCAGCCGCGACUUCGAGGCCUCCGUCAUCAAGGCCUGCCCUGAGUGCCGCGUCACGUCCAGCUACUACAUCCCGCACAAGUACUGGGUCUCGGAGGCCGAGGAGAAGGAGAAGCUGAUCGAGACCUUCAAGGCGCGGACGGGGAAAAUCCGGUGCAAGUUCUUUGUGCGGAACCGCGGGCACUGCCCGUUCAAGUCAGACUGUAUCUACCUCCAUGAGCUGCCGCCCGGACGGACCCCUCGGCACCGGCGGCGGCGGCAUCGCAGGGUCCCGGAGUUCGACCCGUUUCUGCUGGAGAGCUCAGACGAGGAGGAGGAUGAGGAGCUCUGCGCCCUUGAGUGGGCUCUCACGUGGGCACUCAUGGAUGCCGAGACCCGGGAGUCCACGUACCGGCUCUUCAUGGACCUCAGCGACUCUGACUAGGUGCCCUCUGGCUGCCGGAGGGACCGACCGUGUCCCCUGCAGGCRGAGGGGCUGCAGUG